CCGAGCGCAGGAGUUCAUCAUCCCACGGGGCCACAUUUCGAAGUUGUUGUUGCUGCUCUAACCACCCGCGCAAGCUGCCGUUAGGCCAUGCGAAGGAUCUGUGCCCGGAUUUCCCCCGCCCAUCUCCAUCUCCAUCUCGGUCCCAGUUCCAAGACUCCUCCCUCCCUCCCUCGCAAGUCCCAGCUAGAUUCAAGAUCCCCAGGGCCCCGAUCGUCGAUCUUGGAGUUCCUCUGGGCUUGCUCAAUCGUUCCCAGCAAGAAAUGAACAUGAGGCCGGCCCUUGCGCGGCGAGUGCAUGGCGAAUUACGACACCGACGGAUCGAUCUGAUCUGAUCUGAUCUGGUGAAGUCUGGUCCUGUGCGAUUAUUGCGAAGGCGGGGCAUGGACCUAGGAAGUGGACUUGCAGCUCAAUCCAUCCACAUCUGACGAAGGCUUGAUCACGUCGACGUCGGAUGAUCGAGCCUUACUCGUCGGCAUAAUAAUGCAUAGCCAAGUCUGAGGGUGUUUUGGUGGGCUCCGCUCCGCUGGCUGCGAUGUUUGCGUGAAGGUUUGGUACUUAUCGUGGAAUCGGUAGUCAGGCCGAGCGAGCGAAGCGCCAGUAUCAUGAAGUGCACUGGAAUGAUAAAGAUGGUCCAGCCCGCAGAUUAUCUGAUGGUAGUGCUGAUUGUGGCCACUGUGUUCUUUCAAAGUGUGGCCUCGGAUCCGACUUUCGAACCGACAUCGUCGUCCAAUGUAUACAUAGUGCGUCUCAGAGGCGACUCUGUUCAGCAACGAGUUUCUGCAGCUGCUACGACUGCAGCGGCCGACCUCUCCUCGAAUUCUAGCAGAUUCGAAUUCCAGCCCGUGGAAUAUGCUGAAUAUCUGAAGUCAUCACACGACAACUUCCUGGCGCAGGUUCUGGCACCGAACAGCUACGAGAAACUGUACAGCUACACGUACCUUCUCAAUGCUUUAUCCGUUCAGCUCCGAGAGGGAGGCGACCAGGCGAAUGCCAUCAAAAGCCAUCCGGAUGUACUUUUCGUGGAGCAAGAAAGUUUGUUCCGCAAAGCGACAACUCAUACUCCUGAAUUCCUCGGUCUGCCUUAUGGGGCGUGGCAAUUGGCCGGAGGAGCAGAGCAUGCUGGCGAGGACAUAGUGAUAGGAAUGCUGGACACAGGAAUCAAUCCGAGCCAUGUUAGCUUCUCUUCGGAUGGUUAUGGCCCACUUAAAAACUGGAGGGGAAAAUGUGUUCUAUCGGUGUCUUUUCCAGAUGGGUCGUGCAACAACAAGAUCGUUGGAGCUCAAUAUUUUGCUAAAGGGAUCAUGGCCGCCAACCUGUUCAAUGCAACAUAUGAUUUUGCUUCCCCGCUUGACGGAGAUGGACAUGGAACACACACGAGCUCAAUCGCAGCGGGAAAUCGCGGAGUUCCAGUGAUUGUUCGCGAUCACAACUACGGCUACGCUAGUGGAGUUGCACCUAGAGCGCGGUUAGCAAUUUAUAAAGUCAUAUAUCGCGAUGGUGGAUUCUUAUCAGAUGUAUUGGCCGGUAUCGAUCAGGCCGUGCAAGAUGGUGUGCACGUCCUCAGCAUAUCUCUCGGGUCUACCAGUGGAACGUAUGGAGUGCCGGCCUUGAACACAUUCGACGUAGCCCUUCUGUUUGCAGUUAAAGCAGGAGUUGUCGUCGUUCAUGCAGCGGGAAACAAUGGACCGUACCCACUUAGUAUGAACUCCUUCGGCCCUUGGGUCAUAUCUGUCGCUGCAGGAAUCAGUGACCGUUCAUACCCAAACCCGGUGAUCCUAAAAAAUGCAGGAGCAUUUCCCGGAGCAGGAUUUUCAGCUGGAACUCCGGACGAAAAGUUUUAUCCGCUAAUCUACGCCGAAGAUGCUUUCGUGAACAGCACGAGUGCAUAUGACGCUGAGUAUUUCUCUUACUGCCAGGAUUCAGCUCCUUUCAAUGCGAGGCUUGUGAAGGGUAAAAUACUGAUGUGCAACUUCGUUGAGUAUUACUCCGGAGGUGCAGCUGCACAGUUUCAAGCUGCUCUUGCAACAGCUAAAAACCUGAGUGCAGUGGGGCUUAUUAUUCUGACAGAGCCCACUGAUAUUGGUCGCGAGAAAGGCAGCACAUUUGAUCCUAUUCCAUUCUAUCUACCGGCGAGCUUCGUAACAGAUGCAAAUGCUUCAUCGGAAAUCCUGGACUACUAUAAGCUGAAGACGAAGAAGAACAAAACUGGAUAUAUCUACGAGUUUGGAGCAUAUGCACGGCUCACAGAUUCGCGAGAAGCAUCUUUCAAGGUUGAGGCACCUCAAGUAUCAUCUUUCUCUGCGAGAGGUCCAGUAUAUGCCAACACAGUGACGUCUGUCAUAGCAGAUGUACUGAAGCCCGACAUUCUAGCCCCUGGUAAUCAAAUAUGGGGAGCAUGGAGUCCAGCGGGAAUUGAUAUGAACGGUUACAGCGGUCAAGAAUUUGCCCUGUUGUCGGGGACAAGCAUGGCCACACCUCACAUAGCAGGAGUCGUUGCCCUUCUAAGGCAGAGGCACCCAGAAUGGUGUGUCUCCGCUAUACAGUCGGCAAUCCUGACGUCUGCCACCCAGGAGGACACAAGAAGGAGACGUCUUCUCGCCCAGCAACCAUCCACAAAUGCUUCACUUCUGCUCGGACCAGGCACACCUUUCGACUUCGGAUACGGCGCUGUAAAUCCAACUGCGGCUCUAGAUCCAGGGCUGGCCUUCCUGACAGAGUACCAGGAUCAUAUCAACUUUCUGUGCACUCUACCAGGAGCAGAUGCCAACACAGUCCAGGAUGCCACUGGAGGUACGUGUAGAACACAUCCCGGAGCGCGGUCCUCUGACCUGAAUGUUCCUUCCAUCACUAUAGCAAACCUGAUCGGAACGCGAACAGUGAGACGAGUUGUGACCAAUGUAGCUGAUUGGGAGGAGACGUACACUUCUGCUGUACAUCAUCCUGGAGGGGUUGUAGUGGCUGUAAGUCCAGCCGUGUUCACCAUCAAGCCAGGUGGAACCGUAACUUUCCGGGUUACGUUCAGAGCUGCCAGCACAGUCCAAUCAUUCACGUUCGGAUCCGUAAUCUGGACAGGAAGCAAUAGUCAUGUAGUACACAUGCCUCUCUCGGUUUCGGCCAAUUCCGUCACUGGCUGAUUAGCAGCGACAUAAUCUCUAUAGUCCCUCCUUUUUGUUGUUUGAUGCGAAAAGGACCACAAAGUAUUCAGAGGGAGGAAUGGAAAUUGCUCACCUUCCAGCCUACUCUGUACCUUAGCGCGUUUGAUGUAGUGCAUGUUGAUGGCUUUGCGUAACUGUCAUCGACAUACAUUCCACUGCUAGCGUAGACAUUUUAGUGCGUGUAAAAAUGUACUGGUUACGACAGCAAAAGCAUGUAAGCUCGUUUAGCGAAUCAAUUUCCACAGUUUGGCCG